AUGCUGAUAUUUGAAAUGUUUGUAAAAACCAAUUCAUUUUUAUCGAUGAUAAUAAUAACAUCGGUAUAUUUGAGCUUUAUUGAUAUGGCUAAUGGAAAAUUACAGUCCACAGAAUGUAAAAUGAAUUGGUCAUGGAUUACUAAUGCCAUACUAUCACCGCCAAACUACAAACAACUGCUCGAUUUAUGUUCCAAACGAUUAUCAGAUUUUGAUGAUACGCAACAUUAUCAGCCUACUUCAAUCACCAGAAAUAAUUUGCUGCGGGUGAUAUACAGUAUUCUGCUGAAAAAAACGAUGUGA